CCCUACCCCACCCUCCACCGGGCUGAUCACCUCUCCCUUCCUCAGAGUCUCUCCAUUUGUAGUAAGACUCUACUCCAGAUACUGGACCUGUCCUGCCCAAACCUUUCGAACUACCUGGUCUUUUGAGAUCUCGCAUUGAAAAUGGCUCAGGGACCAACAGUCAUCGUGACUCAACCUGGAUUUGUUCGUGCUCCCCAAAAUUCCAACUGGCAAACCAGCCUGUGUGAUUGCUUCAGUGACUGCGGAGUCUGCCUCUGUGGGACCUUUUGCUACACUUGUCUUGGAUGUCAAGUGGCAGCUGACAUGAAUGAAUGUUGUUUGUGUGGAACAACUGUGGCGAUGAGGACUCUCUACCGAACCCGAUAUGGCAUUCCUGGAUCUCUUUGUGAUGACUACAUGGCCACCAUCUUCUGUCCUGUUUGCUCUUUGUGCCAAAUCAAGAGAGAUAUUAACAGGAGGAGAGCCAUGAACGCCUUCUAACCAGCUGGACGGAGAGAGCUUGCGCUGAAGCCGCUGAAUUCAGCACACACCCCUUCAGCCUGAGUCUUUCCAAAUCUUUGGCAACUGAGAUUACAUUUAAUUACAAAAUGGUGGAACCUUUUAAA